AUGGCUUUCAAAACACUCCAGAGCGAUAUCGACCUCUGCUUUGCAAGCGUAGCCGCAGAACCAGCCGCGGUGCUGCGACUCUUGGACACGCAGCUUCCCGGCGAGAGCCCCGACUUGGACCUCGCCUUAAAGACAGGAAUCCAAAAUCUCGAGACAUACCGUGAUCACAUUAAAGGCUGGCACGUAGGCAGCGACGUCAAAGACCGCCUCACAGCUGAACCCCGGGCGAAUACCGACUCAGACAUCCUCAAGCUGUUGAAGAAGAGCCGCAAGACCCAGUCCAAAAUCCUCUCGCGGCGAGCACUCAGCUACGACCUCGCCGGAACAGAGCUGGAGCCUGAGGAGCCUGAGACAAGAUCCGCACCUGCCACACACCCCGUGCCCAUCACACACCCCGUGCCCGCAGCGAAACCACGCUUAGCACUGUUCCGCCCGGCACUGUCGCCGCUCAUGGGCAACUCACUUUUGAAACCGGCCGCCGCACCUGCAAAACCCGUGCUUAAGUGGGCCACCGCUGCCGCACCGCCCGCGGAGGUACUCCCGGAAGUUCUCGCACCGGAAGUUCUCGCAUCGCCCGUGGCCGUGCCGCAAGCCUUUGCCUCACCCGUUACCUCACCCGAAGUUCUCGACACACCCAUGGCCGUGCCAGCACCGGUUGCCCACACAUUCGUGCCGUACCAGCCGCCGGUGCGUGCGGCGCCAUAUGACGCACUGCGUCUCUCCGCGCCCGAACGCGCGUUGUGCGAAGACCCCGCAAUGGCCAGGGUUCCUCCGGGGAUCCAGACAUUCCUCGCGUCUUUCGUACACUCGUCCUCACUGCUGACCUCGCCACUGGAUCACUGGACGCAUAUCCCGUACCGCUCCGCAGAGCUCCCAGCAGAGCUCGCCUACGGGUUCCUCCCAAAAGCUGAUUUGAUUCCCCACCAGCACCGCUGGAACUAUGCACGCGGCCAGGCAACGAAUACACGCCUUACACAGUUCGCGACGGCACCACGCGCACUCGAGGAUCUCGUUGCGCUCUUCUAUGGCUACUAUUACGCUGUUGCGCCCGUAGAACGCCGUGUCGCGGCUGACUGUUUGGUCCAGGCAAACUGGACCUUGAACAACAACCACACGUGGUUCCAGCGAAUUGGCCAGGCCCAAACAAUGCCCGGCUUUGAGGUCGGGAAUUAUCGCAUGUUUGACGUGGCCAGUUGGAAUGUUGUCGAACGGCUCCACUUUAAACUCGAGUACCCAAAAGCGUAA